AUGGAGAAUAUCUUAAAUAAUAGCAAAAUCUCCAUAAUAAGAAACACAAUAACCAAUGACAUAUACAACACUAUUAUGCUCACCAAUUCACAGACAAAUGAAACACAAUAUACAACAAACAAUGACCCAAACAAAACAGAAGAAAAUCUAAAAGACACUAUUUG